AUGUAUGUGGACCCACAGAGGAAUAACCAGGUACGGCGGUUGACUUUAAAUAUUACACCCAAGGAAGAAUUAUCUUAUCAUAGACCAAGACCUGCGAAUGAAAAUGCUAUAAUGUCUAAUAGAGAACAAUCUCCACAAUUGGAUAUUGCCAACUCUACUUCUCCAGUAUACUCAAUUCCUAAAGAUGAAAUACAGAUUUUAAAGGAGCGUCAAGCGAAAGAAAAAGAAGAAGAAGAGGUAGUAGUAGAAAGGCAACAUGAAAAGAGUUUACAAGUGGAUAGCCAAAAUUUAUCCAUCAUAAAGGAAUUGGAAACCAGAAGCACUGCUGUUACUACUACCGCUGCAGCAGUAGUUUCUAAUAAUAAUAAUAAUCAUAACCAUAAUCAUAAUCAUCAUCAUCAUAAUAAUAAUAAUAUAACACAGAAUACUGCUGGUGAUGAUAAAUCUUUAUUCAAUUCUGUACAGGAACCUUUAACAGUUAAGGGAAUAGAACAUGAUAUGUUAUUACAUGGUAAAAAGACCUCUGGGAAAUAUACUUUCCAAGAUUUUCAAAUAUUAAGGACUUUAGGUACUGGAUCUUUUGGUAGGGUCCAUUUAAUUCGAUCAAAUCAUAAUGGUAGAUUUUAUGCAUUAAAAGUUUUAAAAAAGAAAACAAUUGUAAAAUUUAAACAGGUUGAACACACAAAUGAUGAAAGAAAAAUUUUAUCAAUAAUAUCACACCCCUUUUAA